AUGAUAACUUGCGAUGUGAUAAAUGAAAGUGCAUAUGUAACUGAAGUUAGAACUACUGUGUUUAAACGGCGCGUCAUAUACCUGUCGGUAUGCGAGCGCAAUCCGUGCACAACGCGAGUGGGCGUGGAGAGGCGAGAGCGACCCGCGUCGGCCGCCUGCGAGGAGCGACUGCCGCCCGGGCCGCGCCGCCGCGCCGCACGCCACGCACGCCUGCACCGGCUCACGCACCGCAGCUGCACACAGCCCGGCCACCUGCCACCGCUGCAGCCUCACGCACCGCGGUAUCGAUGUUCUCGUCGACUCUGCGAGCUGGAGCAGCGAGAGCACAGGCCUGCGGGGGGCUCACGCACUCGCGGGGGGCCGCUCCUGCGCGCUGCGUCACGCAUCUGUCUCGACUUCUUGCUCGCCCGCCAUCUGCAGAGACGCGGUCUGGGCGCGCCACUCGCCCGUGUCACAUUGCUUCGAUGU